AUGAUGUACACCUGUACGGGCCAUCUCAUUAGGAAUCACUUGGCGAAGUCGGUUAGGGCCUUUAAAGGGGAAGGCCCCUUUGCCCAGAAGAAUUUAUGGAACGUGUGGACGCAGAAAUAUAGCAGUAAGGUGUACCCCCAGGUGGGGGGGAAUAGUUAUGUUGGAGGGAUUACCCACUCGAUGGACUUCACAAGUACCAACAUCUGUACACCCCACCGCAGAAACAUAACGAGGUGCAGCGCUACCCACAUGGGAAAGCAGACUAGCGAAGAGAGCUUCUUCGAAGGAGAACACCUAAACAGAAAGUUAGGAGGCUAUGGAUACCCAAUGAUGUUCAUCGUAACGUACGACCGACCUAGUUGGCAACCAUUUUGGGAAAAUGAAUAUGAGGUUAUCCCGAGGGACGAAUUCGGAGUACCUGCAAGCAUCCCCCCAGAGGUUUCCACACAGAUUAAGCACACGUACUAUGUGCCUCCCCAGUUUUAUACCUUCCUGAAAAAAUUAGGAGAUGACACAGAAGAGCUAAAGCCAUACAUGAACAAACUGAUCCGAGGGGAAUUCACAUAUGAUGAUUACCAAGAGAUGUUUUAUAAAUUUGCCAAGCCUCUGAAAAUUUUUAGGAGCAAGAUUCCUUUGCCCUAUAGAACUGCAGAGGAAAUGGCAAAGGAGGAGGAAAUGAAGUGGGAAUCCGCCUGGUAUACCUACCGACAGAAAGUUCUAGCGGAGUAUAACGUGACAAUGUGCUUGCGUGAAUUCAUCCUUUACAUGACAGUCGGUUUGUACUUUGCGUACUUGUGGCUUGAUGCGCUGAGACAAUACCGCUUGGACAUGAAGCUUUUCUAUUUGGAGGCCCCCGAGCAUAAGAUCAACUGGGUCAGACCGCGUGGCGACUUGGUCUAA